AUUGGUGAAGGUACCUACGGUGUUGUUUAUAAAGCAAAGGUACGUAAAUCUGAUGCUGUGGUGGCUCUGAAAAAAAUCCGAUUGGAAAAUGAGGAUGAAGGUGUGCCACCGACCGCUAUUAGAGAAAUAACGCUUCUCAAAGAAUUGGCACAUCCAAAUAUUGUAUUUUUGAAGGAUGUGAUUAUGCAAGAAAAUCGUCUGUACCUGGUUUUUGAAUUUUUGACCAUGGAUUUGAAAAAAUACCUCGACAGCUUACCUGAGGAUAAAAUGGUGGAUAAAAUGUUGGUUAAGAGUUAUUUGUAUCAAAUUCUGCAAGCUUUAAAAUUCUGUCAUCAACGAAGAACCAUACAUCGUGAUUUGAAGCCCCACAAUCUCCUACUAGAUUCUAAAGGAAUCAUUAAAUUGGCUGAUUUUGGUUUAGCUCGUGCAUUUGGUAUACCAGUUAGGCCAUAUACUCAUGAAGUUGUUACUCUUUGGUAUAGAGCACCGGAAGUUUUACUAAACUCGGAACGUUAUUCAACAUCUUUAGAUAUGUGGUCAGUAGGUUGUAUUUUCGCUGAAAUGGCUACAAAGAGACCAUUAUUCCGUGGAGAUUCCGAGAUUGAUCAACUUUUUAGAAUUUUCAGAGUUUUGGGUACACCAACUGAACAAACUUGGCCUGGUGUGUCAAAAUUACCUGCUUACAAAAGUCAUUUUCCCUGCUGGAAAGAAAAUAUUCUCAAUUCAUUUGAACCAGUUAUCGGAGAAACGGGUGACGAUCUUUUAAAGUUGAUGCUCAUUUACGAUCCUAAUAAGAGGGUAUCUGCUAAAGCUGCAGUUAAACAUGCUUAUUUUAAAGAUUUGGACAUAUCAAAACUUCCAGAUUAUAAUGCUGAAUAUUAGUUUUGUUUUCAUAAUCUACUUUUAUAGCACAUAAUUUUAGUAUCUUUUUACUUCUAUUUUUAUUCCUAUGUUUUCCAUUCUUUCAUCACAAUGAACCAAAAUCUUUCUAAAAAAAUGUAUCAUGGUCUAAAGUCAAAUCAACUUUUGCACAUUCUAGCUUAAAUUGGUAAUACACAAACAAUUCCAAAACCAUCUAUUACUUUCCAAGUUCACCUUAUUUUCUUAUGGUUUAAGGCAAAAAAUUACAUGGGUCAACAUUCAUUCUACAAGUUUUGAUAUCAUCACUAAUAAUAAUGGUUUCGUAUUCUUCAGCUAUUAAAAUGCAACUUCGAAAUCAUAGAAAAAAAUACAUGUUUUAAUGCAAUCACAACUAUUAAAUAGUCAAUUUUCGUCAUCAAAA